GGCUGCCCCAGCACAAGCAAUAAUAAUACAACAACUCACCAUGGUCCCCAUGCUCAGAAUGCUGUUGUGUCUUGGUAAGAUAUGAAGAGGGAGAGUGGACACUCAAGUCUGUAAGAAACCCUACUCCAACAUAGGUCUUAUUGAAUCUGGAAACUCCAUGAUAUUGACCCUGUCUCUCAGACUGAAAAAAUCUCUCAGAGUGGAUUUUCUUUCAGGACUGAAUGUGGGACAGAAGACUGCAGUCCUGGCAGGAACCCUCACAAAGCCCAAAAUCUGGGCUGAGCCACACUCUGUGAUUGCCUCAAAUGCACCUGUUACUAUUUGGUGUCAGGGGUCCUGGGAGGCCAAGGAGUACCAUUUGCUUAAAGAGGGAAGCAUGGAUUUUUGGGACAGACAAUACCCUCUGGAAAGCUUGGACAAGGCUAAGUUCUAUAUUGAACACAUGACAAUGGACUUUGCAGGGAUAUAUAAGUGUUACUAUAAGAGCCCUGCUGGCUGGUCAGAGCACAGUGACACCCUGGAACUUGUGCUAACAGGAGUCUAUGCUAAACCAAGCCUGUCUGUUUUGCCCGGCCCUGCUGUGACCUCAGGAGAGACCAUAACCAUGCAGUGCAGCUCAUCGCUGGGAUUUGGCAGAUUUAUUCUGACCCAGGAAGGAAAGCACCACCUCCAAUGGACCCUGGACUCACAGCAAAGUGCCAAUAGGGAGUUUCAAGCUCAUUUUGUUCUGGACCCUGUGACCACCAUCCACAAUGGUACAUUCAGAUGCUAUGGCUAUUUUAGGAACCGACCCCAGGUGUGGUCAAAAUCAAGUGACUCUCUUCACCUCUUGGUCUCAGAAUCCAAGGACCAGUCUCCCACCCACACUGAGAAUGGAUUGGGAAGGUACCAGAAGGUUCUGAUUGGAGUCUUGGUCACCCUCCUCCUGCUUUUCUUCCUCCUUAUUCUUCUCAUCCUCUUCCGACAUCAGUGUAAAGGCAAAGAGAAGAAGGCAGUUCAUGCAGACCAAAGGGAGACUAAUUUGCAACUUCUUGAAGGGGAUACAGACCCAACAGCCAGAGAUAGAGUCCCUCAGAAGAGAUCCAGCCUAGAUGCUGCCAUCAAGGAAGAAAAGCAGUAUGCUUCUGUGAUGGACCCACAACCUGAGGAGAGUGUAGAGCUGGAGAGUUGGAAGCCAUCUGGUGAAGAACCCCAGAGAAUUGUGUAUGCCCAGGUGAAACCCUCCAGGCUUCAUAGAGCAGGAAGUACCUCUCCUUCCCCAUUGUCAGGAAAAGUACUGGACACGAAGAAUAAUCAAUCAGGAGAGAACAGAGAGAUGUACCCUCAGGUAGGCUACUACAUCCAAGGAACCGCAGGAUGUGACCUAUGCCCAGUUAUGUAGAAGGACACUGGAAUACCAGUAAGAAGCCAUAAAAGAAAAAAGACUCUGACCCCACAUUCCACGGACAGAAACUAAGGACAUCUGAGAUACUAUUUGUUCAUCUCAUAAUUCAGGCAUGAAAAUGUAAAAGAGAACAUAUGGGAUAGUAUCCUUGUUGGUUUUGUCAACAUGGCACAAGCUAUAGUCAUUUGAGAAGUAGAACUCUCAACUGAGAAAUUGGCUCCACAGUAUUAGUCUUUGGGCAAUUCUGUUGGGCAUUUUCUUGACUCAUGGUUGAUGUGGGAAAACCUAGUUCACUGUUGGUGGUGCCCCGCUGGAUAAGGUCCUCUAAGUUGUAUAAGCAAAAAUGCUGUGAAACCAUGGGGAGCAAUUCUGUAUGUGGUGAACCUCCAUCGAAUCUGCUUAACUUUCUGACUCCAGGUUCCUGCUUGGAUUCCCUCACUGGACUGUCACCUGGUAUAUGUAAACGAUUUAAGCCAACAUCUGUCACUCCCGGUUGCUUUUGGUCAUGGGGUUUUAUCACAGAAAUAGAAACCAUAUUUUAGGAUUGUUAUUGUGUACAUAGGUUGUGUGACUCUUUCUGGGGAGAUAUGAGCAAACAUCUGUUGAUAUCACAUAGGGCACCAAUGACAGAUCCAAUAAAUGAUCGAGCCACAUCUAUUUUACUGAACUGAUGAAUUUAUUAGGAUUACUUGAGGAAUCAUGGAGGAAGGGUAAUUAUGGGAACAUGGGUGAGUCAAAAGUGGCUGCAUUACCAAAAGCCCAAAGUAGCAUGUGUGAUGACUCAUAAAAGCUG